CGAAGUUGAACAUGGGUGAGCAAACAUGAUCUACAACUUUAACAAAUAAAAUUGAAGGGUAAUUUUGGCAGGAUGGAUGACUCUACUCAGCAAGAAACAACUGUUAAGUUCCAAACGAGUCCUGACAAUGAAGGAGAAGAUCAAGAAAUUACACCAGAGAUCACACAAGAUGGAGACUCCAAAAAUAUCCAAAGUGCUGAGAAAAGAGAUGAGGAUAGUCCUGUUGAAGAGAAAGACGCGUUUAUCACUCAAGAAGAAAACCAACGGCAGAGUGAGACUCCAAAACAUGCCUCGCUUACGGAGAAGGUCUCAUGGAGAGAAACUCCUGAUUCAACAUCAGAGACGACGGCUCAACAAGACAUGAAGCAGGGUAAUUUAAAUCUACUUCGAGCAGUACUUGAUAGCGCCUCAAUGGAAGAUCUGAAUACUCAGGUCUUCUUGAGUCCAAAUGGAAAGUACUGCUUAGAUUUAAGUGACCAGGCCAUGACCGGAAUCCCUCUUAAGACGUUUGAGCUUGAUUACAUUCACUGUUUGCUGUUGAACAACAACCAAAUUAGCGAUAUUCCGCCACAAGUUCAGCAGAUGACCUGCUUAGAAGCGCUUGUUCUUCAGGGAUGUGGACUGACAAGCUUUCCAGUCGAGAUUUGCCACCUGCCGAGCUUGGACAUCCUUGAUCUGAGUGGCAAUGACAUUCAAGAUUUGCCGAGCGACAUUGUAGGUUUGAGAAAACUCCGACAGUUUCACAUGAAUGACAACCAGGUGGUUCAGUUACCGGAUGAGUUUUUUUAUUUGUCAGAACUCACUGUCGUAAAUCUCAACCAGAACAAGCUCGAGGCACUUCCACUGAAAUUCAACCAGUUAAACUUUCUUCGCAUUCUUGGCUUGAACAACAACAAUUUCAGAAGAUUUCCCAAGCAGAUAUGCUUGCUGGAUCAGUUAGUCCAGCUCAGCAUGUGUGGAAAUUACAUGCAGUCGAUCCCAUCUGAUGUCGAGUAUUUCUACAAUCUUCGAGAACUUCAUCUUGAGAAAAACUUAUUGAGGAUCCUUCCUGUGCAAGUUUACUGGCUCCCUGAGCUUCAGGAGCUGAACGUCUCGCACAAUCUCAUUACCGAGAUAUCCAAGGAAAUCAAACAUCUUGACAAACUUAGGAUACUCGGACUAAACAGCAAUCAGUUGGUUGAAAUUCCCGAAGCCAUCCAACACUUAUCCGAGUUGGAGAUUCUCGGUUUGGAUUCCAACAGAUUGAAGAAGAUUCCCUCUGAAUUUAAACACCUCAGCGUCCUGUCGGAGCUGUACCUUGGGCAGAACUGCCUCGAGGAGAUCCCCGAUGAUAUGUGCCUUCUUCACAGCCUGGUAGUCCUUGAUCUCUCAGGAAACAGGCUAACAGAUCUCCCCGUUGAGGUCGCAAACCUGAGGCAUCUUAACCAACUACUCCUCCAGAACAAUCAAUUUGAGGACAUUCCAGCAGGAGUUUGCUCCCUAGCAGAGCUUGAACUUCUCACCCUCGACCAAAAUAAACUAUCGCAUCUUCCCCAAGAGGUUGAGAAUUUGUUCAGUCUCCGGCAGCUGACGCUGAAUGAGAACAAGCUGGAGAACUUCCCAGUUGAACUCUGCGAAGUCCAGAUGUUGGAACACUUGAGUAUGUCCAAAAACUCGCUCUCCUCUCUUCCUGCCCAGAUCUCCAACCUCGUGAAUCUCUCUCACCUUGAUCUUAGCCAAAACCACUUCCAGAAUUUCCCAGAGGAACUGUGCUCCUUGUCAUGGCUCCAUAAACUUUUAAUGUCCAAUAACCAGUUGAUUGACAUGGCCGACGAUGUGGAGAAAAUGGAGCAGUUAGAAGAGCUCAACCUGUCGAACAAUCGCUACGGACUGUUUCCGCUUCAGCUUUGUGGCCUCCCCAAUCUGAGAGUUCUACGCUUUGCACAACCAGAGGGAACCAAAAUAACUUACCUACCAUCUACUAUUCAAGUUCUCCAACAACUUGAAGAACUUGACGUCUCUAAUAACUCUCUGGAAAGCCUACCCUCCACAAUCUCUGAGCUGAAGAAUCUCAUGAACUUAGACGUGACGCACAACUGUUUGGCCGAGCUUCCUGAUUCCAUCUGUGAGCUCAAGCACAUUGAAGCUCUACACUUGGAGGGGAAUAAACUACAGCGACUUCCGUUGGGGUUUGAUUGCUUGAAGAACUUGAACGAUUUGAGGUUGCAGGAAAAUCCAUUGUCUCACCCGCCGAGGGAUGUUUGUGAUGGUGGAGCGAUGGAGCCUAUCUCAAGAUUCUUACAUGUAGCAGAAGAAAGAGAAGUUGCAAUGAUUGAGAAAAUGUUCCGUUGUGUAGCGGCCAACGUUCGUCAGCGAGAGCUGCAUGAUCUCAUGCGGGUCUUCCAUUUCAGUAAAGAUGAGAUGUCGUUCAUCGAGAAGGCCCACAAGAACGACCCGCCUGAUGUGAUGGUCAUGGUGGCGUUGCGGAAGUGGAGAGGAAGGCGAGGGCGGUCAGCGAAUGGAGAGGAAUUAGUCAGGUACCUUAGGCUGAUUGAGAUGCCAGUAGUGGCCGGUAAAGUCAACACAAUCAAAGUGUAUUCACAGGCUCAUCGAUUAUAAUGCCAAGUCUGAAUAGUUGAUCUGGUAAUGCAAAAGCAGUGUCAUAUUCCCCUUCGAUGGAAAUGUCAACCAAAUAUUCAUGGAUGAUGAAUAUUUUGACUUUUAUUUAAUAGCAGGGUCAUAGAUUGUUUUGUUUUUUUAAUUAUCAAGAGAGAUACAAAAAAAGUCACAUGAGAAAGUUUCAGCUGACUAUAUAGUGUCUGCUUGUCUAGAAAAUAGCAAAACAGUCACAUUAUUUUCAUAAAGAAAAUCAAUCGAUCAUCAAUUGAUUGAUUCAUUGAUAUUUAAGAACAAUUUUUAUAUGAACAACUUUGAAUCCAUCCUUGCUUAGGGAUGUGACAGCAGGUUUCAAGCAAGUGAUGCUGGGAGAUACCAACAUUUUAGUGGUUAUAGACUCAUGUUUAAAAAUUAUCUGAAAAACUAUUUUUAAAUUCCCUGUUUUCUCUUUUGUACACACUUUACUAUUUACUCUAAGAAAUAUUUCUGUCUGAAAUACUGCCAUGCUGCCUCUUCCAUUAUUCCAAGUUUCAAGUUUCAAAGCAGGUAUAAAAUAAUAUUAUGAACACAAUAUUUGACAAGCAUCAACUAUACACUGUGUUUCUUUUAUCAAUAUUUAGAAAACUAGAUGUUGGGCUUAAUUAUUUUGCUUUUCCAAAAAUCAAUGCAGUGUGUCUAGUUUUUGUUUAUCAUUUCAUUAAUUGUUUACAUUUUGUAUUUUAUCACAACGAAAGUUUUUUUUACGCAGUGACAAAAAGAAAGUGGAGAUCUUCUUUUUGUUUUAUUUUGUGUUAUUUUUAACAGGCAUGAUGUUCCCUCCACUUAAUAGGCUGACUUCCAUUUAAAAAUUAUACUUUUAUACUUGGACUAAUUAAAGAGCCCAAAAUUUGCACAUGUCAGUCAGCCCUUGCCUGAUUUAAGUGUCAAACACUUAAAGCUGUUUUCUUGUCAUAUUUAAAAGAAAUACUACUGAAAGAAAUACUACUAAAAGUACCAAAGCAUUUUAUAUAAAUAGGAACAUUCUAUUCAUGAGAGUUUUUUAUAUGAAAUAAGUUCAUGUUUCAGCAUUAAUUAAAUUAUUUAGUUUGCUAGAAAUGACUUAUUGAAAACAAAAACAGCAAAUGGGAACUCUGAAUAUCUUGUUGUAUAGUUUGUAACAAUAUUGCCAAAUAAUUGUUUUUUAAGUUGCCCUGAUAGCCAAUAUAUUUUAGUUUAGACAUUUUUCUGACCGUAACAAAGUUAUUACCUG